UUCUCUGUGGCCUCGUGGUCGCGCUUCUUCCCCUGUCAGUGUGAAAGUGUUGAAAAACUGGAGUAGUAGAGAUGUGGGCUUCUGUGGCUGUUCUCUGCCUGGCCAUGGCCGCGGCCAAUAGCCAGGAGAUCCCAAAGGCUCCUUCCAUGUACUAUGCGUCUGGCACAAUCAGCUUGCCUUAUGCCGAAAUCGUGGAACCAUACGAGGCUUACAUUGAUGGUGUAGGCGAUCGCAGUAGAAUUGACACCUACGGCGGUCUGGCAUCUCAGUACCAGCUGGGACAUGCUCCUGGCCCCUAUGGAUCUAUCUCGAAGGUUGUAUACGAGACUACCGAGACUGUUGUUAACAAACGCGCCUGUUUGCAAGUGAACGGAAGCGCCGGUGGUCCAGUCCACUUCCAGCCUGUGUUGCCCCGCAACCUGGACCAGUUUGUGUUCACAGGAGAAGUUCAGGCUGGUGAGCGAUUCUGCACCAAGACUGGUCUCGCCAGUUCUGCCUGCAAUGUGUUCACGUAUGAGGCCAGCCAGCUGGGCAGGACCAACACAUACACCCUGUACCUGCGCCAGACCACGGACUUCCAGCCAGUGGCUUUCCACUAUCUGGGAUUCAACCGUCUGUUCGGAUCCCAUUACGAUGAGUACGUUGUGACGUACGAGCGGUUCGUCAGCCAUAACAGCACCUCAUUCCCUGGCAAGGUGUUUGUUCCCGAAGCUCUCGUUGCCCCGUGCACCGGCUUCCCAGACAACAGUGCUAGUGUCACAAGACCCACCGGUGUAUUCAGCCGUCUUCACACCAUGGAUGAGCCGGAUGUGGACGAAAUCGAGAAGUCGUUCAGUGACUUCAAGGCCAAGCACGGCAAGGUGUACACCAGCGACAAGGAGCACUUUGAACGCUCUCGCAUCUACCGCGCCAACCAUCACUACGUCGAGUCAAUGAACCGUCGCAAGUUGACUUAUCGCAUGAAGCUGAACCAUCUCGCUGACUUGACAUCAGGUGAGCGCAGGAUGAUGCGUGGUCGCAAGCGUAGCGCUGAGAGCAUCUCUCCCCCCGGUGCACAGGUGUUCAAGCCAGCUAACGCUAACGUUCAGAUUCCGGAAGCCCACGACUGGAGAAUCGCCGGUGCCGUCACGCCGGUGAAGGACCAGGCCAUCUGUGGAUCAUGCUGGUCAUUCAGUACGACUGGUGCUAUCGAGAGUGCGUACUUCCUCAAGUAUGGCAAGCAGGUCUUGCUCAGCCAGCAGAACCUGAUGGACUGCAGCUGGGGAUACGGCAACAAUGCUUGUGACGGUGGCCUGCAGUACGAAGCUUACGAGUGGAUUGUGAAGCACGCUGGCAUUGCGACGGCGGAGAGCUACGGUCCAUACUUGAUGCAGGACGGCAAGUGCCACAAAGUCCGGACGCCUCUCGUCACCAUCAAGUCCUACGCCCACACCGCGCCGUCCAACGUAAGCGACGCGAUCUUGGCUCUGCUUCAGCAGCCGCUUGCCGUCAGCAUCGAUGCGUCUCAUCAGUCGUUUGGCUUCUAUUCCCACGGUGUGUACUACGAGCCAGAGUGUGGUAACCAACCAAUGGACUUGGACCAUGCUGUCUUGGCCGUCGGCUUCGGCACCUUGGGAGGUGAGGACUACUGGAUCGUCAAGAACUCCUGGUCGACCCACUGGGGAAAUGAUGGCUUCGUGUUGAUGAGCCGCAAGGACAACAACUGCGGUGUUGCCACUGAUGCCACUCUGGUGCAUUUGUAAACUAUAGAUAUUUUAUUUUUACAUGUUCGGAUUAUCUGGCAUGUUUGCAUUUGCAACACGCUGUCUUUGCUUUUUGCGGCGUAGUAGAGCCAUAGCAGCGGGCAGAGGAAAUUUGUGUCGCACCCUUUUGGUGUUUGUGGACAAUGGUGCUCUUUUUUAUCGCUGUUUACCACAUGUGCGGGAGUUACUUUUUUCUUUCUUAACAUAACUGCUGAUACAUAAUCAAGGUUCAAAGCAAU